CUCUCUCCAGCCAUGGAUGACAUUUAUAAGGCAGCGGUUGAGCAGCUGACAGAAGAGCAAAAAAAUGAGUUCAAGGCUGCCUUUGACAUCUUCGUGCUGGGGGCGGAGGACGGCUGCAUCAGCACCAAGGAGCUGGGGAAGGUGAUGCGGAUGCUGGGGCAGAACCCCACCCCUGAGGAGCUGCAGGAGAUGAUAGAUGAGGUGGAUGAGGAUGGCAGCGGCACUGUAGACUUUGAUGAGUUCCUUGUUAUGAUGGUCCGGUGUAUGAAAGAUGACAGCAAAGGAAAAACUGAAGAGGAACUCUCAGAUCUCUUCAGGAUGUUUGAUAAAAAUGCCGAUGGCUACAUUGACCUCGAGGAGCUGAAGAUCAUGCUGCAGGCAACGGGAGAGACCAUCACCGAGGAUGACAUAGAAGAACUGAUGAAAGAUGGGGAUAAAAACAACGAUGGCAGGAUUGACUAUGACGAGUUCCUGGAGUUUAUGAAGGGAGUUGAGUAAAUCUGAGGCCAGAUGACAGCCCGAAUCUCCUAAACCCCUCCAGCUCCGCAUCUCAUCUCCUCGGCUAAGUACCCUGGCUACCGGCAUGAAGACUGAGCGCUGAGAAGGGUGGCCACUGGGAAAAUAAAACGCGUU